AUGCAGUCGAAAAGAAUGUUUUUUGUAUUGUAUUUAGAAUGUGCUUCGGAGAAUGAAUAUAGGUGUAACAGCGGGAAAUGUAUCCCUCUGUCUUGGCGCUGUGAUGGAGAUGAAGACUGUCCAGACGGUGAUGACGAAGAAAAGUGUGCACAAAUAUCGUGUAAACCAGACAAGGAAUUUGAAUGUGUCUCUGAACCUACCGAACUUCUAGUUCAUAGAUCAAAAAUACGCAAUUAUCCAUCUCGAUGUAUCCCCAAAAAUUGGGUUUGCGAUGGAGAAUCUGAUUGUUACGAUUCAUCGGAUGAAAAAGGAUGUCAAAAUAUAACAUGUGAAGAGGACCAGUUUGUAUGUGAACAAUACAAAGGCCAUGCCAGAAUGUGCAUUCCGAAAUCAUGGAAAUGUGACGGACAAAAUGAUUGUCUUGAUAUGUCUGAUGAAAAGGAUUGUGAAAAAAUAAAAACGUGCAGCACAAACGAGUUUCAAUGCAGUAAUGGUGUAUGCAUAUUCAAAAACUGGUUUUGUGAUGGUGAUGAUGAUUGUGGUGAUGGUUCAGAUGAAGAUCCUGAGAAGUGUCCUAAUACUACUUGUGAUUCCAAGGAUAAAUUCCAGUGUGGAUCAGGUAAAACAUGUAUUCCACAAAAAUGGGUCUGUGAUGGUGAAGCUGAUUGUAAAGAUCAUUCAGAUGAAAAAGAUUGUAAGGCCAUAGGUUCAGCUUUAGGUCAGCACCCACAGCUUGCUUCUUGCCAUCACAGUUUUGAAUUCCGUUGUCAAAAUGGAGGCCAUUGUAUUAAUAGAGCUUGGAAAUGUGAUGGAGAAAUGGACUGUGCUGAUGGCUCAGAUGAAGAAAACUGUGUCAAACGUGAAUGUACAGCCUCGGAAAAGAAAUGUGAUAUGGAUAGUUGUAUUGCGGCAAGCAAGUGGUGUGAUGGUUCUUAUGACUGCCUUGAUGGAACUGAUGAAAAGGAUUGCGCAGUGCAUGCUAAGCGUAUGUCAUAUAUAUAUUUGCAAGUCUUGAACUGUGCUAAAUUUCGUAUGAUGUGGUUUCAUGCUUCAGAUAUGGAUUUUGCAUUUUAUUCUUCAGCACUUUUUCCAGCAGAACAGUGUGACGAAAACACGGAAUACAGUUGUCCAGGAGCUCCUGUGCAAUGCGUUAAACUUGAAGAUUUAUGUGUUGAAGGAAAGCCAAACAAUGAUUGCUUGAAAUCUGUUUGCUCAUCUCAUUUAAACUUAUCUCUGUGUGAUGAAUCAUCAACAUCACAUUGUAAAUGUCGAACAACAAAUAUGAAUGGUACUAUUUGUCACUGCCCCCGUGGUUUCGAAUUGAAAGGUCGAAUUUGCGUAGUUUUGCUAACCAAGCCUUUUAAAGAUAUUGAUGAGUGUGCGCAGGUUGGUAUAUGUGCUCAAAUAUGUACAAAUACAGUCGGUGGAUACAUUUGUGAAUGUUAUGCUGGCUAUCACCUCACGAUGGGCAGGACGACGAGCACUACAGGUUCUAAAAGCAUGGGUGUAUGUCGUGCAAAGGGCAGUGAUCCACUUUUAUUACUUUCGAAUCGAGCGGCUAUUCGAAGGUUUGAUUUGGUUACAAAUAAAUACGAACCACUUGUUGGAAAGCUUGAUUCUGCAGUUGCCAUGGACUUUCUACAUAGAAACGACACAUUAAUUUGGUCGGAUGUUUCACAAGAAAAGAUAAUGAUUUGUCACAUGGGUAAAGGUUUGAAAACUUUGGAAGAUGUCCGUGGUUGUGCGGAAGGAGAACAUAAUAUAACUCUAAUUGAUAAAGACGUUUCCACACCAGAUGGUCUUGCUGUGGAUUGGAUUCACCAGUUAUUGUUUUGGACUGAUACUGGCCUUGAUCAGAUCAAUGUUGUGGAUUUAGUCACUCGUAAACGACGAACAUUGUUUUCCGAAAAUUUGGAUGAACCGCGCGCAAUAGCUGUAGACCCUUUGCGUGGGUUGAUUUUUUGGACAGAUUGGGGUACUAGUGCUCGUAUCGAACGUGCCGGUAUGGAUGGUAACAAUAGAACGACAAUCAUCUCUGGUGAAAUGAUUAAAUGGCCAAAUGGUUUGGCUUUGGAUAUUCUUGAACAAAGACUUUAUUGGGCAGAUGCAAAAGUCAAAUUAAUUAUGUCUUGUGACUACUGGGGACAAGAUAUCAGGCUUGUACUUCGUUCACAUGAACGAGUGAAGCAUCCAUUUUCGUUAACUGUUUUUGAAGAUCGUCUCUACUGGACAGACUGGGAUCAUGAAGGAGUUCUUACCGCCAAUAAAUUCACUGGCAGUGACUUCAAAACGGUAAUGAAUGGUGUUUCUGGUCCAAUGACAGUCAGAGUGUAUCAUGAAUUAGCCCAACCAGAUCAUCCAAAUAAGUGUGCCGAUCAUGAAUGUGAACAUAUGUGUCUUCCGAAGGCUCAUCUUCCCGUCAACAAAGAUUCCCGUUUCUCAAUGAAGGGCCGUCCUUAUACAUGUGCUUGCAUGAAUGGCUUUCUUGUUAACUUACAUAAUGAAAAUUAUUGUGUUUUGGAGACCGAUGCCAUCGAAAGUAAAAAAAUGGAUGGAUCUUCUCCAAUUUCACUUUCUUCUCUAUUUCUCCUUUUACUCAUUUGCUUUGCUGCCAUUGGAGUUUAUUCAUGGUAUCGCAAACGACCAACAAGCUUUGCGGUGCUUCAUGUCGAUAAUCCAGUUUACAGACGUACAGUAGAAGAAAUCGAUGCUGAUAUGGAUCCAUUUACUGAUGCUUCUGCUGGUUUAAAUGGCAUUCAGCGAGGUGUGAAACUUGUUAUUGAUCAAGAACAGCAAAAUAAAUAUAGUCCUACUAGUGCUCCAGCACCAACAUCCAGUACUUCGUUGAGUAUCCCGGUAUUCAUAUUGUUAUAUUUCACCACUUCACAAAAAUAA